AUGGGUAACUUUAUAACAAAUCUAUAUAAAGCACCAGAAAUAAAUCCAAAGAAUAAUAAAGCAUUAUCAAUACCAAUUUUAAAUCCAUUAAAUAAAUAUGGUAGAAAUUUCCAUUUAGCAUGGUUAGGAUUUUUUGUUUCAUUUUUAUCAUGGUUUGCAUUUCCUCCAUUAUUAGAACAUUCAAUUAAAAAAGAUUUAAAAUUAACUUCAAUUGAUGUUGCAAAUAAUAAUAUUGCUGGAUUAAGUGCUACAUUAAUUGCAAGAUUUUUAUUAGGACCAGUUUGUGAUUCAAUUGGACCAAGAUAUUGUAUGGUUUUAGUGUUGAUUUUAGGUACAAUUCCAACAGCAUUAGUUCCCCUUGUUCAUAAUAUUCAUGGAUUACAUGCUAUAAGAUUUUUCAUUGGAUUAUUAGGUGGUAGUUUUAUACCAUGUCAAAUGUGGACAACAAAUUUUUUCGAUAAAUCAGUUGUUGGCAGAGCAAAUGCUUUAGCAGGUGGUUGGGGUAAUGCAGGUGGUGGUGUUGCAUUCUUUGUUUUACCAUUAAUUAAUGAUGAUUUAACCAGAAGAGGUUAUGAUUUAUCAAAAUCAUGGAAAUUAAGUUUUGUUAUUGGACCAAUGAUUAUUUUAUUAGUUGUCGCUAUAUUGACAUUUGUAUUUGGAUCUGAUUGCCCAGAGGGGAAAUGGAGUGAAAGAUCAGAUAUUUUACAAAUUGGUGUUGAUGUUAGAAAAGUUGAUAUUGUUUCUAUUGCAUCAAAUCAUCCAGCUUUAAGUAAUCAAGUUUCCCGUUUACCAAUUGAUCAUAAAUUAAGUCAUAAAGAUGAUAAAAUUGAUGAUAUUAUUGGAGAUUCAAGUACAGAUACAUCAAAUCAAGAUCAAAAUUUAGAUAUUGUACAAACAAGAGUUGGUGAAGUUGUUAAUUUAGAUGAAAUUAUUGAAAAACCUUCAUUGAAAAGUAUAUUGAAAACCACUUUCCAUUAUAGAACAAUGUUGACUGCAUUACCAUAUUUUACAACAUUUGGUGGUGAAUUAGCAGUUGAAGCUAUAUUAACAGGAUUAUAUGUUCAAAGAUCAGGUGGUCAAUGGAGUCAAAGUUAUGCAGGUUCAUGGGGUUCAAUGUUAGGGUUAUUAAAUGUUGUUACAAGACCAUUAGGAGGUUGGAUAUCAGAUUUAUUAUAUGCAAGAUUCAAGACAACAAAAGUUAAGAAAUUUUGGUUAUUAUUUCUUGGUGCCAUGGAAGGGAUUUUCCUUAUUUGGAUUGGAUUAGUUCCAAGUUUAUCAGUUCAUGGAUUAAUUGGAGCAUUAGGUGUUAUGUGUAUAUUUAUGGAAGCUGGUAAUGGUGCAAAUUUUGCUCUUGUUCCUCAUGUUAAUAAAUCUCAUACAGGUAUAGUUGCUGGGUGUACAGGUGCAAUUGGUAAUUUAGGUGGGAUAUUAUUUUCAUUAGUUUUCAGAUUUUCCAUAAAGAAUGGUGUUAGUGAAUAUAUGAAAGGAUUUUGGAUUAUUGGUAUAGUUGUUGUUGUUAUUAAUGUUGGAUGUGGUAUAAUUCCAAUUAAAGAAGAUAGACCUGAUGAAUUGAAUCAUGAACAAAAGAUUGAUGUUUAG